AUGGACAGGCGAAGCAGCAUCCCAACUGGAACGCGUCGGGCUAAGAUGAGAGUUCCCGUGCCCCAUGGCAUGUCUGAAUCGGACGCGUCAGCCACAGAGUUGCUGGAGCACUUUGCACAAAGCUUUCCAGAGAACCAGGAUGCCGGUGGCUUGCAAAUGCUGGUGAAUUCAGUGCAGGAUUCUUCGCCCAAGAAGAAUCUCACGCUUUGCCGCCUGCUCAGCAGUGAGCGACUGGAGCAGCUUCAGCGACAGACGGAGCUUGCAGGGAGUGAGUUCUUCAGAGGCCUUGCCCAUAUGGCACGUGUUGAGCAUUGCUGUGACGUGGUGCAGGUUCAGAUGGUUCAGCUCUGGUUCGAGAUUGAUUCGUUCGUGUCAGAUCUGCUGAAUUUCAACCUGUCCUGUAAGUCAGAAGCAGUUCCGUAUGUGGCAUCCAUCUCAGACAAAUGGCGGCUGGUGGAUCUGUUUCUGGAAUACAAAGGGCUCGUGACACAGCAUAUCGACUCCUACAAUCAUUUCGUGAACGUCAAGAUGAAGAAGAUUGUGAAAGCUGCGAGCAACAACAUUGUCAGAAGUGAAUCUGACAAGAACUGGUUCCUUCAGUACGAAAAUAUCCGCGUGGGAAGGCCUUCGAAGACUGAAGAUAUGAUUGUGCAGGAGACCAACCCUCACAUGUGCCGCCUCCGGGACUUGACCUAUGCGGCGCCCAUCCUUGUGGAUGUGGUCUACUGGAAGGGCGACCGCAAGGUGCGCAAGAGAGACCUGGAGAUCGGCAUGCUUCCGGUGAUGUUGCGCAGCAACCUCUGCGCCUUGAGCAACGCCAAGACUGAUGAGGAUGUCAUCGCUUUGGGCGAGUGCCCGAUGGAUCCUGGAGGAUACUUCAUCGUGAAAGGCGUGGAGAGAGUCCUUAUGAUGCAGGAGCAGUCCCUGACGAACCGCAUUGUUGUGGAGUAUGACUCCAAGAAGCUGCUGCAAGCGUUCGUGACCUCCUCAAGUGAUGACACGAAAAGUCGAACGGUAGUUGUGGCGAAUCCUUUGACGCGGAAGAAGGGACUCUACAUGAAGAAUUCCGCCUUUUCGGACUUGAUCCCCAUCUCAAUUGUCAUGAAGGCGAUGGGAGUUCAGAGCGACAUGGAGAUCAUCCAGAUGGUGGGGAUUCAGCGCAAGUACCUUGACACGUUGAUGAUUUCGCUUCAAGAAUGUCAUGAGAAGAACGUGUUUUCGCAGAAGGCUGCGCUGGACUACUUGUCGACAAAAAUCAAGGUCAAGCCAGGACAAGAGCGUCGCCAGAAGCAAGAUCCCAUGGACCUUAUUCACAGACAGGUUUUGUCCCACAUCGAAUGCCCGAACAACAACCUGGGUCCAAAGAUUCGCUAUUUUGGGCUGAUGAUUCGCAGGGUGAUCAACGCCAUGUAUGAUGGGAGGCUGGUGGAUGAUCGGGACUACUACGGCAACAAGCGCCUGGAGCUGUCCGGCCAGCUCAUCGAAGUGCUCUUCGAGGACCAGUUCAAGUUCAUGAACAUGGAGUUGCAAAAGCAAGCAGACCUGCUCCUUUCCAAAUGGCAUCAAUCCUCAGCUGCCCGUGUGAAAGACAUGUCCUCGUAUCCAGACAUCUUGGAAUCUUGGCAAGACCGCUCGAAGUUGACAAGGGCGAUGGCAAACGCCAUCUCAACGGGCAACUGGAACAUCAAACGAUUCCGCAUUGAUCGUGCGGGCGUCUCGCAGGUCCUGUCCAGAUUCUCCUAUAUGUCGUGCGUUGGAUCAAUGAUGCGAGUGAAGUCCCAAUUUGAGAAGAGUCGCAAAGUGGCUGGCCCUCGAGCUCUGCAGCCUUCACAGUGGGGGAUGAUCUGCCCUGCAGACACCCCAGAAGGCGAACAGUGCGGCCUGGUGAAGCACCUGGAUGCUCAGGCCAUGUCUGGUGAGGAGCUCCACCACAUCGGAAACUAUUUGGCGCCUCGGAAGCAUUUCGACGAUCCGCUGGCUACGCAGAGCAGCCUUGGCAUUGACCGUGUGUUCCUCAAUGGAAGCCUGCUUGGAAUUCACCGCAGGCCGAAGCGCUUCAUGGCCAGUCUGCAGCAGCUGCGCCGACGCGGUCUGAUCGGCGAGUUCGUCUCUAUCUAUGAGGAUGAAGGUUGGCAUGCAAUCUUCGUUGCUUCUGAUGGUGGCCGGUUGUGCCGGCCUUUGAUCAUCGUGGCAGACUGCAAAUCGCGCUUCAUUCCUGAGAAGCACGUCCCACUGAUGCUCAAGGCAAAGGCGGAUGGCGGCAUGAAGUUUGAUGACUUCUUGAAGCAAGGAGUGCUCGAGUGGGUUGAUGUCAACGAGGAGAACAAUCUGUUCAUAGCUCUUCAGCCUGAUGAGAUAACGCCUGAGACGACCCACCUCGAGAUAGAGCCCUUCACCUUACUAGGCGUGGUGUCAGGCCUCAUCCCUUAUCCGAACCACAACCAGUCUCCACGAAACACCUACGAAUGCGCCAUGGGAAAGCAGGCGAUGGGCUGUAUUGCCAUGAACCAGUUUACACGCAGUGACACACUGCUCCUGGGCCUGGUGUAUCCUGAGAAGCCGCUGUGUACCAGCAAGACACUGAAUUUGGUGAACUUUCAUCAGCUGGGUGCCGGACAGAACGCGUCAGUGGCAGUUAUGAGCUACAGUGGCUAUGACAUUGAGGAUGCGAUCAUCAUGAACAGAGCUGCAUUAGAUCGUGGGUUCGGCAGGUGCUUUGUGAUGCGACGCCAGGGAGUCCUUGCCUCAGCAUUUUUACGAGGCUUCUUCUGCCAGGUUCAGAUGACGACGCACGGGAAUGGAACAACUGAUUUGCUGGCGCCGCCUCAACCAGCAGGCAAGAAUGCGAAGCUCAGCUCCUUGGAUGAGGAUGGUAUGGUGAGACCCUCGGAGAAAGUGGAGGACGGCUUCCUGCUGGCCAACAAGAUCAGCCCGGUGGAGACAAAGGCUCUACAAGACUUGUCCACGGUCGACAUCAAGUACAAAGCCACGCCCGUGCACUACAAAAACCCUGUCUCCUCCUACAUCGAUCGUGUGCUUCUGACGACGGAUGCAGAGGGCAUGAAGGUGUACAAGAUCAUCACUCGGCAAACUCGCAGGCCUGAGGUGGGUGACAAGUUUGCCUCUCGCCAUGGGCAGAAGGGAGUCAUAGGCCUCAUCGUGCCGGAGCAGGAUUUGCCAUUUUCGGAAACGGGCUGGCGGCCUGACCUCAUCAUGAACCCGCACGGCUUCCCUUCGCGGAUGACGGUGGGGAAGAUGUUGGAGCUCAUCGGGUCGAAGGCGGCGGUUCUGGAAGGCAUGUUUGCCAAUGGCUCUGCUUUUGGCGGGACUCCUGCUCAUGAGAUCUACAGGACCCUCAUCAGCCACGGCUUUGCUCCAACUGGCAAGGAGUACCUAACCAGCGGCAUUACGGGUGAGCCGAUUGAAUCCUACAUCUUCUGUGGCCCAAUCUACUACCAGAAGCUGAAGCAUAUGGUAGUAGACAAGAUGCAUGCCCGCGCGCGCGGGCCACGAAUGUUGCUGACUCGGCAGCCUACAGAGGGUCGUGCCAAAGAAGGAGGCUUGCGACUGGGAGAGAUGGAAAGAGAUUGCUUGGUGGCCUAUGGUGCUUCCAACCUCUUGCUCGAGCGUCUCAUGCUCUCGAGCGAUGUCUGCAACCCCAAUGUCUGCAGAAAGUGCGGCCUCUUCUGCCGACCUGACUGGUGCAAACUCUGCAGCAGCGCGGAAUGGGUAACCAGCAUUCGUCUGCCGUACGCUUGUAAACUGCUCUUUCAAGAGAUGCAAGCCAUGAAUGCGCCUUGGAUCUUGCUGUUUGAGCCUUUUUCUUGCCUUCUUUUUAAGGAAUAG